GACUCUUAUCUUUCGGAAUCGAACUUCCCGUCACAGAUCUAUUAAAGCUAUCACUCCUUGUCAGUGGCGCGACCGGCAGUCCUCGAUCUUCACCAUCCUUGCCUGUCCGCCACUACUUGAACACAGGGCCAGCUGCGCCCGCCCUUCUCAGACCUAGUGGACAUAUCCCUUCCUUUCCGCCCCUCAUCAUCUUCCUUUCCCAAUGUCGUGGACAUCUUGGCUAGUGGGGAAGCGGGAGAAUACGCAUGCGGCCAGGGACGCCAUCGUCGGCCUACGAUCACAGUUGCUGAUGCUGGAGAAGAAGGAGGAGCACCUGAACAAGAAGAUUGCGGAUGAGAUGAAGAAGGCCAAGGCCAACGUGACUACAAACAAGCGAGUCGCACAAGCUGCGCUACGGCAGAAGAAGGCGUACGAGAACGAGCUCGACAGGAUUGCAGGCACAAGAAUGACAUUGGAGACCCAAGUCAAUGCCAUUGAAUCAGCAAAUAUGAACUUGGAGACGAUGACCGCGAUGAGGAAGGGAGCGGACGCUCUGAGGAAUAUUCAUGGCUCACUCAACAUCGACAAGGUCGACUCUACCAUGGACUCCAUUCGGGAGCAGAUGGACCUCACAAACGAGAUCUCAGACGCAAUUUCGAAUCCGGUGGGCAUGGGUCACGAUCUAGACGAGAACGAAUUGGAGGAGCUAGAGCAGGAAGAGUUGAACGAGAGAUUGGUCGGCGCAGAGUCUGUGCCGUCACAUGUCCCCGCCGUUGCUGGCCCCAGCCGUGUGUCGCAGACCUCGAGACCACAGCAGGCGCAGGAGGAAGACGACGACGAUGCAGAGCUCAGGGCUUUGCAGGCAGAGUUGGCCAUGUGAGAGCUUGACGAGGUAGAAUCGCAUCGUCGCCAGAGUCAGAGGGCGGCACUUCGUACACGUGGCUUUUGUUCCUGCUCCAGUCAUUCCCUGUCUCACCUACCAUGUUCGCGUUCCCAGGAGUUGGG